AUGUUUGGUGUCGGUAUUAGAUCCAUUAAUUCAUCCCUAAUUGCUCAACGACAGUUUUUGACUACUAGACAAUUCACAACAUCUCAACUGCUGUUGAAGAAGGCUUCAGGUGGUAAGAAAAAUCCUAAAGCGUCACAAUCUAAGGAUACUGACAAUGCAGAGGAAACCGUUGAUAUUAGUGAAUUCAUCAAGAAAGCUCAAAAUUCAUUUGAAAAUACUUUAGAAUUGCAUAAGAAAAAGUUGAAUGAAUUCAAGCAAGGUGUUGCUAAUCCACGUAUAUUUGAUGAACUGAAACUACAGAAUGGUAGUAAAUUUUCUGAAGCAGCUUCCACUUCAACCAAGGGUAAAAAUGCCUUGUUAGUUACAGUUUAUGAUCCUAAGGAUACGAAACAUGUUAUCAGUACCAUUAUGGCGGCUGGGUUAAAUCUAAAUCCUGAAAGGGUUCCUAACAACGAUCAACAGUUAAAGAUUUCACUACCACCAAUGACUACAGAGACAAGAACUAGGAUGUGUAAAGACUUAAAGAAAGUAUUUGAGGAAUAUAAAAAUUCUUCUUCCAAGGACUCACUGGGUCAUGUUAGAGGUGAAAUUCUCAAGGAUUUGAAAAAGUUGGCCAAGAAGAACGAUUCCGUUAGAAAGGCAGUACAAGAUGUUGAGAAGGUUCAUAAGGACUAUGUCAACAAGAUGCAACAACAAUUGGCUCAAGCUGAAAAAAAUGUAAUGAAUAAUUAG